UGGUUUAAAACACUCCGCGCUAUGAUGGUAGCCUACUAUAAACAAAUUGACCGAGAUUGACGAAAAGUUCUAUUUUUUAUUUUAUUUUAUUUUUUGACGCAUUGUAGGUUUGAUCUAAAUGCAGUUAUAGUAUAUAGGCUAGCCCUUUUUUUCCAACGGUGGUAUUUCUCGAUAUAAUUGUUCCGCCGUGUUAACACAUUUCUACGGUUGCGGAUCAGGAACUCUUCACGGACAAAAAUCCCACCAUUCUUUUUUGCCUGUGGCCUGUGUUCAAUAAUGACGUCACCAGAAGUUGACCUGGCACACAUCAUCCCACCACAAGCCCUGAGCCGACUUGCAAGGGAGUGGCUGGCAGAAGAUACGCCCAACUUUGAUCCUGCUGGAGUGUGUGUGGGGUCAAAGGAGGUCAGGGCAACACUUCUAUGUAAAUCACCAGGGAGUGUGCUUGCAGGAUGUCCUUUCUUCACAGAAGUCUUCAGUGAACUUGGCUGCACUGUGGACUGGAUUUACAGAGAAGGACAAACACUGGGUAUGGAAUUAGUGACUCAGACAGCAGUCGUGAGAGGCCCAGCAAGGUGUGUGUUGCUGGGAGAGAGACCAGCCCUCAACUGCCUGGCUCGCACCUCUGGGAUUGCCACUCGUUGUCGGCAGCUACUUGACAUAGCUCAGACUGAGUGUUGGAAAGGUCAGCUCGCUGGCACCCGCAAAACCACACCAGGCUUUCGCCUUGUGGAGAAGUAUGCCAUGCUUGUGGGAGGUAUAUCAAUGCACAGAUAUGAUCUCAGUGGAAUGGUCAUGCUGAAAGAUAACCAUGUGUGGGCCUCAGGAAGUAUCACACAGGCAGUGAGAGAUGCCCGCACAGUGUGUGGGUUCAGCAGUAAGAUUGAGGUUGAGUGUAGGAGUGAUGAAGAGGCUAUAGAGGCAGCCACAGCUGGAGCUGACAUCAUCAUGCUGGACAACUAUACCCCACAGGUACUACACACUGCCGCUCUUUCCUUGAAGAAACAGUUUCCUUCUGUGCUUAUUGAAGCCAGUGGUGGGGUGACACCACUUUCACUGCCUCUGUACUUCUCCUCAAAUGUGGAUAUCAUCUCUAUGGGCUGCAUCACCCAAGGGUGCCCCACUGUGGACUUUUCCCUCAAGGUGCAGUCAUCCAGCAAUGAAAAAGAUCCCCUGCAAUGAGUCUGUUGCACUGGUUAACGUUGUUCAAAAUAACAAUGAACAGUAACAGUAGUAACCAAUAAUGGCAGCAUGAGACUUCAUUAAAAUUGAAUCUUCUCCUAGGAAGAAUUUUGCUUUAUGAACUGCACAAACUGUAUUUGUAUGUGUAGAGCUGUGUCAAAUAGCAAAGACAGUACUAUUUUACUGCCUAUGUAUUUUGCUUGUUAUAAGAAAGAAAAAUAAAUAUUCAGACCAUUCUCUUCCAUGA